AUGAUCUAUUACAUCAAAAACAAUCUUAUUGUUGUAGUGGAACAAAGUUCUGUGGCAGUGGAUAGACAAUUACAGGAUGACUCACAGAGAGAGGAUGCUAACAUAUUUAAGGAAGCAAUACUAGAGAUAUUACCAGAGGUAUUUGCUAAUAAUGAUUCCAUAGUAGACCAGCUCAAGCAACAUGUACCUGUUUGUAAAGCAAAUUAUGUGAUAUCAGAAGUGUUGCCAGAGGUUAACUCCAAGUUAUUGGAGAAAAGAGAGAUGAAUAAAUUCUUGAAUGAAGCACAUAAGAAAAAUAUUAGUGAUAAAAUAAGAUAG